UAAGAAUAUCAUAUCACUAAAAAUGAAGUCCCAUCCCGAUAAACCCUUCAAGACGUACGCCCCUUUUGGCAUAGCCACCAAAAGGUUCACUGAUGUAGGGUUUCACCCAAAUCUGGAUAAAUCAGGAGCGUUGAAGAGGGAAAUAACAAAAUUGGGGCCUGCAAGUUUUCAUCCAAAAAUGGUCCAAUGUACUGCUAAAAAAGCAGGGGGAGUUAGUUGGGCCGAGAAGGUGGAAAUAGAAGAAUUCUCUAAAUUUCUCGGAUUCCGAAAUGCGAAAAUCCUGAAUGAAAGACAAUUUGCAAAAACCAUGAGAGGUCCUGGCAGUACCGAAGUAGAUGAAAAUUUGUAUAGAAGAAAAUCGCAUUUGGCUAAAGACAAUGUGGGUUUUGGAAGCGGGCCACGGAUAAGCAAAUAUAUUCAUGGACAAGAAGCUCCGCCACCUCAGACGUAUUUUAGAAAAGUUACAGAAUCAUUCGAACCGUCCAAAAAAACUUUUUCGGAAACUCCUACUUUUGAAUGGGAUGGAUUUUUUGAUAGAUUCACGCCUAGUAUUAGAAGUUAUCAUCUACCAUCGAAUUUGUAUAAUCCCAUUGACAACAAGUGUACAGCAGAUAUUACUAAAAAAGUUGUUUCUACAAGAGGCCCUUACGAUGGCUUCACUGGCCCCAGAAAUAAUACAACUAUAAAAAACCAUUUCAGUCCUCCAGCAUUUAGAGUACCUGACACUUUCUAUGUACAACCUAGCAGUUUGCAGCAUUUGCUAAAACAUCCUAGUAAAGGCACAUCAGGAGUAUUUUUAAAAAAUCGCAGAUUUCCUAGAAAGCCCACAGUACGUCAUAUGCUAAACGAUUUGAGCUUGUGCUUCAGAAACCCUAACGAUCCAGGUCCAGCGCAUUACAGUUUAAAACAACAGACUAUCAAGACUUGUCCACCAUCAAAAUACCCUUUCAAUUCUUCCAACGUCAACGCCCGGCGUCCAGUGGAUUGGCGCGUAUCCCCAGGACCUGGACGCUACAAUCCUACACCUGCUCAAUGUAUUAAGAAAAUGAAAGACGGCGCAAUAAGAAAGUCUUGGGUGUUUUUGUCUACAGCCAAAAGAGAGUUUAUAAAAGUUGAAAAGUAUGGUUUUAGAGAAUGAUGUGUAGAUUUUAGCUGAUCAAAAUUUGAAGAUUUUUGUUUACCUCAUUGUCAUCUUUUGGCCUAAAUUCAAUAUUUAAUUUCAUGGUUUGUUCUGGAGGCAAAAUAAUUCCUUGAGCAUAAUGAAUUGAGAAACAUCCCAACGGAUUUAGCAGGGACAUUUUAGGUUUUAUAUUUUGAUCUGCAAUAUUAUAAUAUUUUAAUUCCUUUACAAUAAAAAAUACAAACCAGUCAGUGUAAUUUUGUUGGCUUGAAACUAGUUACGGGACUUUGAAAGUUUCUUACAAGUUAUAUUUUGAAUUGUAACAAUUUUCGGCAUAACGGUACCAACAAGGCAAUUCCCAAAAUCGAUCCUCUGUUGCUUUAAGUUGGUGAUAA